GCACCAGUACCACAGCCCAAGCCUGGAGACCUGAUUGAGAUAUUCCGCCCUCUCUACAGACACUGGGCCAUCUACGUUGGCGAUGGAUAUGUGGUCCACCUGGCCCCACCAAGUGAAUUUGCUGGAGCUGGUGCAGCAAGUGUCCUGUCUGCUUUGACAGAGAAAGCCAUCGUGAAGAAGGAAUUGCUGUCUAAGGUGGCCGGGAAGGACAAAUAUCAAAUCAAUAACAAGCUCGACAAUGAAUACGUUCCGCUGCCUCUUGGGGACAUCCUCAAGCAGGCAGAGGAGAGGGUGGGCCAGGAGGUGCACUACAGCUUGACCAGUGAAAACUGCGAGCACUUUGUAAAUGAGCUGCGCUAUGGAGUUCCCAGAAGUGACCAGGUCAGAAAUGCUAUCACAGCAGCCUCUGUCACAGCACUGGGUCUGGCAGCCUUGGGCUUAAUCAGAGUGAUACUAUCGAGACAUAAGAAGCAAAAACAAUAA